UGAGGAAAAAAAAUGGAUGCCCAUGUCUUCCUGCUGCCCCAUGUACACUUCAUCAUCACCUUCUUCUUUCUCCUAGUCUUUGUUCCAACAUCUUAUUGUGAAGAAGAUGGGUUGUAUAGAGAGUGCUUCACACCAUUCCAGUGUGGACACCUGUCAAAUCUUUCUUAUCCUUUCUGGAGCGAUGAGCGACCUGAAAUCUGCGGUUAUCAAGGGUUCAAGCUCCGCUGCCGAGAAGGACCGAUCCCUAUUAUAACUAUAAAAGAUCAAGAAUUUUAUGUGAAUUUCGUGUAUCAAUCCGAAAGAGUGAUGAUCAUUUCUCGAAAGGAUUUAUCGGAAAAUAUUUGUCUUCCUGGUGUUGCUGAGAUUCCUAAUACAACUCUGAACGAGACUCCGUUCAGUUAUGUGCCGGAGUUUGAAAACGUAAAUCUAUUCUACAAUUGCUCAAACGAGGUUACGAAGGUACCGACUCUAUACAAAAUUCCGUGUACUGUAAAUGGCGAACAACGAGAUGCAUUUUAUGCAACUGAUUGGCUUUUGAGCAAGUGGAACCAAGACCCCUCAGAUUGUAACAUCCGGGUAGAAGUUCCAGUUCCAAAGGUGGAUGUUGAACAACUUAUUAGUGGUGGAAUGGAAGCUUUAAGUAAGGCUUUGAGAGAAGGUUUUAACGUAACGUACAUGUUUGAUACAAUUCCACUGUGCUCUGAAUGUGUGCAUUCCGGUGGGAUAUGCGGCACCAACUCUUCUACUUUCCGCUUCACUUGUCUUUGCCGUGACCAACCCUAUCCUUAUAAUUGUCCAAAAGCAAAAGGCAACGGUGGUUCGAAUGUGAUUCAGAAGAUUGUUAUUGGCAUAACUGUUGGAGUAGUUGGAAUUUCAAUCGCCUGUGCAUUCAAUUUUUGUUUCAAAAAGAUUCCUUCAGUUUCAUCAAUAAUUUCCUUACAGAAGAUCGUAAAGAAUAAUCAAGAUCUCGAGGCCUUUCUUAAAAACCAUGGGCCUUUAGCUGUAUGCAGGUAUAGCUUUUCAGAAGUGAAGAAAAUGACCAAUUUGUUCAAAGAUAAACUUGGCCAAGGAGGUUAUGGCAGUGUGUACAAAGGAAAGCUUUUUGAUGGUCGUCUUGUAGCAGUGAAAGUCUUAAAUGCAUCUAAAGGAGAAGGACAAGAAUUCAUCAAUGAGGUUGCCAGCAUUAGUAGAACUUCUCAUAUUAAUAUUGUCACUCUCUUGGGUUUUUGUUUUGAGGGUCAAAAAAGAGCUCUAAUAUUUGAGUUUAUGCCAAAUGGAUAUCUUGACAAGUUCAUAUGCUACAAAAGUCCUUUGAAGAGUAGUGAUCAACAUUUGGGAUGGGAAACUAUGCACCAAAUUGCUAUAGGAGUAGCUCAAGGACUUGAGUACUUACACCGUGGAUGCAACACAAGGAUUGUGCACUUUGACAUAAAGCCUCACAUUCUUCUUGAUGAAAAUUUUUGUCCCAAAAUUUCUGAUUUUGGGCUUGCAAAAUUAUGCACCAGAAAGGAUAGUAUUAUAUCCAUGCUAGAGGCUAGAGGAACUAUUGGGUAUAUAGCUCCGGAAGUGUUCAGUAGAAACUUUGGUGGAGUUUCAUCCAAAUCUGAUGUUUAUAGCUACGGUAUGAUGGUUUUAGACAUGGUUGGAGGCAGAGAGGAAGAUGUUGGAACAGAUCAUACGAGUGAGAAAUAUUUUCCACAUUGGAUUUAUAGACAACUUGAGCAAGGCAAUAAAUCCAAAUUGUGUGGUGAGAUUUCCAUUGAAGAGAAUGAAAUUAUUAGGAAAUUGACAAUAAUUGGCUUGUGGUGCAUCCAAAUAAUUCCAUCAGAGAGACCAUCCAUGAGUAAGGUGAUAGAAAUGCUAAAAGGUAGCAUAAAAGCCUUAAACAUCCCACCAAAGCAGUUUUUAUCUUCCCCUCCAAGGUCUCCAUCAACCACUUUUACCAUAUCAAUGACAAAGUGA